GCCAAGGCCGAUGGCUUUCUAGCUGCGGUAAAAUGCUUAGAGAAGUCAGCGCGGCGAAGUGUGUUUUGACCCCCCGCGGAGUCCGACUUUUAUUGUCUGCUAAUGAUAAUUUUCUCGCGAGAAAACCCCUCCGUGUGCACGUCGCCGAACGGCGCCGCGCUGGUCAUGUGGCGGCUGCGGCGGUCGUGCUUGUGUGGAUCUAUAUCGAUCCACCACAUCAGUAAUAUCUAUAAUUGCACUGCCUUUUAGUUUUUCUUAAAUUUUUCGCUUAUUACUUGUUAUUAUAAUUAAAUAAUGAUAAAAUUCCCCAAAUAAUUUAUAUCAUCAUAGUCUUGCGUAUGUUAAUAUCUUGAAUUUAAUGUUUGACGACAUUCUGAUAUGAUAUGAUAUAUAAUAUGUUAUGGUAUAAUCAAUUGUUAUUAUGUUACACAGCGAUUGUGAAAUAUACAUUCAUACAAACACAUUACACACAUCGCGUGCUCGCACGCUCAUACACAAACAGAUUUUUAAUUAUUUUUAAUUAUUACGCGAGAUCUUAUAAGAUGUAUUUUAUCUUGUCGAUUGAAUUUGUUUGAAGCGCAUUUAAUAAGUGGAUUACAAGCGAUUGGUGUAACUGCUGGAGCUCAUCGUCUAUGGACACAUCGAUCUUACCAGGUCAAAUUGCUGCUUCGAGUUCUGCUCCUUAUUUUCUUCACUAUGGCUGGCCAGUACAAGAUUACGGAUUGGGUGUGAGAUCGAGUGCAUCACAAGUAUACGGAGACGGACACGGACCCGCACAACAGCAAUCGCGGAUUCUUCUUUUCCCACGUCGGCUGGCUGAUGAUGAAGAAGUAUCCGGAAGUGAUCCGAAGAGGUUGUGAGAUCGACAUGAGCGAUGUCCUGGCGGAUCCUGUCGUCGUGUUCGACGAUAAGUAUUUCGCGAUACUUAGACUUCUCUUUUGCGUCGUGCUACCGAUACUGGUACCGGUUUAUGGAUGGAACGAGACAUGGAGCAAGUCAAUUCAAUCGCAAUUGUUUGGUCGCUAUGUGAUCGCCUUGAAUUGCACGUGGAGCGUCAAUAGUGUGGCUCAUAUAUGGGGUUCGAAACCGUAUAACGCAGAAGACCGCUCCACCCACAGUUUUUGAUCGUGGUUUUCCCGUGGGGCAUUGGGCAAAUGACGGGGCGGGGACCUGGAGUGUUCUUGCCAAAGAACGUUUGGUAUGGGUACUACCCCUCCCCCCUUGUCCGAAGACUGGGAACGCAACGGUUGGAUACAACGGUUGGAGGAGCGUCGACCCCUUUGACCUACUAGAAGAUCUGACUUGGACCUGGAAGGAUGGUGCCUGCAGGGUCUGAAACAGCAGCACGGACUGGAGCAGGAAGCCAUCUUGGUGCCUGGAAGUCAGUAUCGGAAUUCUAGAGGAAAAUUGAUUGGAACCUGAUGAAGCUCGAUAACCUGCUGCAGUAGCUCAGAGUAGAAUAGGAUAUCAUCUUGGUGCCCUUGGAAAACGAUCUCCUAAAGCCCCCUCUUGAAUUAUCGGGACGACAAUUUGAAGAGAGGGGGGACAAUGUUGCGUCCGCACUACUAGAGAUGGUUCGAUCUUUUUGAUGAUCCCGGUAUUGAUGAGACAGAAGAACGAGCUUUGGUUAGUAACGAGAAUAACAGCGGCUGUCAAGGAGAGUUGACAGCGAGACGUAGUCGCGAGUGGUCGUGUUUUCGACGGUAUUAAUUCUGAGCCUGUAAAGACGUGUCUCGCUGUACAUUAAAGCUUCUCGUUUUAAAAGCGUGAGCGCAACAAUA